CUCUCUCUCUCUCUCUCUCUGCCUCUCUGCGUAAACACACCGGAACAUUUUUAACACACACAUCACACUAGGGGUUGAGAGAGCUGUGGCAGAAGAAUUUUUGGAGCCUGGAUGCAGACACUAUCUUAUAUUUAGACUUAAAAAACAAAACAAAAACACACACCCACACACAAAAAACGCAGCAUACAUGUGUAUUAAAUACAAAAAAUGUGCACUUACACACCAACACGCUCCCCCUCUCUGCCCUCUCUAAGUUCUCUGUCCCUCAUCCUGCUUCAUCUUCACUACCGCUGAGGAGAAAUCUUCAUCAUCCUCUCCUCCUGAGCUGCUGCGCCAUCUAAAACCCUCUCCAAGUUUCCUGUGUCUAAGUUGGGGGGGGAUUUCUCAGCCUCUGUCACACUUUAUAAGAUUAAUGAGCUGAGUGCUGUAAACAGUAGGCUAUUUCUUUUUCCUUUUUUUUUCUUUCUUUCUCUGUGUGAAGGAGCCAUAUUGUAAACGGUGCUGGCCAGCUCCGUUCACCUAAUGUUAGCCGUCAUUACAUCACCCAAGAGAGGACCACAAAAAAAAAAAAAAAAAAAAAAAAAUGUCCGAGAGAUGCUCUAUUGUUUGUGCGUUACCACACCGGGGCCGGGGGAUGCGCCCGACCCGCCGCCCACACGGCGCACAUGGCGACCGGCCGCUUUCCCCGUUUUUUCCCCCCUUUCUUUUCACCCCCCACUCUCCUCCACAGGUCUGACCCCCCGUUAAGACAAAACAAUAGCGAGCUAUCCUGUCAUAUAAGCCCCUCUUUGCCACAGCAUUUGCUGGAAAAAAAAAAAUAAUAAUGCUGCUUCCCACAGCCAUCGCCGCCGCCAGGCCCGGCUCUCCGAUUGGCUGGUUUGGAUCACAUGACCAGGAAUUGGCUGCAAUUUCGCCCCAUAGUUCUUCAGUUUAGCCUACCCAGGUCCCCAUACGCUAGUAAUAUCACCAAUAUACACAAUUAUUAUAUAGCCACCGCAUUUACGCCAUUGCGGUCGGGAGCCUACAUGCUCGUGCGUUUUUUCAUUUCGUUUUCUUUUUUUUCAGAAGCCAUAUUGUUUCUGUGUGCGUGUGCGAGCGUGCGCGUGUGUAUGUGUUUUGUUUUUUUUUUAUUUUAGGGGAAGGGAUUGUUCGGGGGGUCUCGCCGUUUGAGGGUGAAACCGGUCUGAGGGAGCUAUGAAUUUUGAAUUUGAGAGGGAGAUCGGUUUUAUAAACAGCCAGCCGUCCCUAGCAGAGUGCCUGACGUCCUUCCCCGCCGUCCUGGAGUCAUUUCAAACUUCAUCAAUCAAGGAGUCGACAGUAAUUCCGCCUCCCUUCGAGCACACCAUCCCCAGCCUCAGCCCCUGCACAGCCAGCCAGCCGAGACCGACUGCUAGGAGCCAGCAGAACCGGAGAACCUCCGCCGCCACUAAUGGCCUCCAGACGCACCACCGAGCAGCCCAGCAGCCCUGUCCGCCCGGUCAGGCCCCUGCCACGGCUACGGCAAGCCCGGCCGGACCGCUGGCCCACGAGUUCCCCUGGAUGAAGGAGAAGAAGUCAUCAAAGAAAUGCCCCAAGCCUGGGAGCAGCUCCAGCGGUGGAGGUUCCAUCAUCCCCCCUGCCUCGUCCUCCCCAUCACCGACCGCCUCCGGGUACGCAUCGGCGGGCAUCGAGUCGCCCACAGACCCGAGCCAGGCCAGUCUGGAUGGUGGAGGAGCCGGGUCCCGCCGGCUGCGCACAGCCUACACCAACACGCAGCUGCUGGAGCUGGAGAAGGAGUUCCACUUCAACAAGUACCUAUGCCGGCCUAGGAGGGUGGAGAUCGCGGCCCUGCUGGAUCUGACCGAGCGGCAGGUUAAAGUUUGGUUCCAGAACAGGCGGAUGAAACACAAGCGUCAGACUACACACCACCGGGACGGGAGUGGUGGAGGAGGCAACGAAUCCAGCGACCCGGGCGGAUUUGAGCCGCUCGAAGGAGCCGAUGCCUCAUCGCCGUACUCAAGCCAGCCGCUGGAAGCAUCUGGCACAGGGGAGGCUACAUCGGAGAGUGAGCCGGGGAGCGGCAAUCCAUCUUCGGCCGCUCCACCCGCCGCCUACGCUAAUGACAGCGGGGACAAUGCACAGCCCACGCCGGAGGAGGGAGGCCGUUUGAGCCGCCCCGAACGCCCACCGCUGCCAGGGGCAUCUGGCUCCUCUGACGCCGCCACGACUCACCACUCCCCGCCGACGUUCACCGCCACGAAGUCCGCUGACAACCCGGACCUGAUGCAGCUCAACGAGGCCGGGGCGGCAGCAGCUGCAGCGUCCGAUCCGUCAUUCUCUGAGCAGCGGGACUCCUCUAUCACCUCCACCUCCUCGUCUGCUCCUCCUGCCGCCCCUUCCUCCUCAUCCGCGCUCCCCGACCUCACCUUCUUUGCCGGGGACGCCUGCCUGUCACCCAGCCUGCAGAGCUCCCUGGACAGUCCGGUGGAUUUCUCCGAGGAGGACUUCGACCUGUUCACAAGCACACUGUGCACCAUAGACCUGCAGCACCUCAACUUCUGAGGCCCGUUCAGACGAACACUGAGCUGGGAGUGGAGGGUGGACCUGCGGCCUGUGUGUGGAUGAACAAUCUAGCGGAGGAGACAGCAGUGGGCCAGGACUGAUGUUUAAAAAAGCGUCUCGGCAACAUUCCUGAAACAUUUCUGAAUGAAAAUUAUGUUUUUAAAUCUGUUUUUUUUUCUUCCCCGUCUUUUUGCUGGUUUUACUUUGCGGCUGUAAUUUAGAGAUUUUUUCAUUUCAAACAUCGAAGGAAUUUUUUUUCCCACAAUGGAAACGUUGUGAUUUUUUCUCCUCUCUUUUGUCCAAAUUUCAGGUAUUUAUUACCUUCUUAUUUUUCUUUUUUUUUCCCCUUUUCUCAGUAUGCGUGGAUUUGUUUCCUCUCUAUAGUCCGUUCUGGUGCAGCUUCAUGGAUCCUUAAAUCACUUCUCAGGAACUGUUCACGGAGAGCUGGACUGCUCUUUAAAAAAAAAAAGAAAAGAAAAGAAAAUUUAAACUGAAGAAUGAAUUCACUCUCUCAGAGGAGAGAGGAGUCCUGCUGACGACCCGAGUUUUAGACCCUAGUUUAUUUAUUGAGAUUCUUUAAUAGUGAAAAUCCAAAUUAUUUAUUGUACAUAUAUUUUCAUAGUGGAAUAAUAAUAAUAAAAAAAAAACACACAAACAUUUA